AUGGUCAAAAACCCAAUUGAAUACAAUUAUGGUCCUCGAUCUGUUGCUGUUGGUGAUUUUAAUAAUGAUACUUGGCUAGAUAUGGUUGUUGCCAAUCAUCUCGUUAACAAUAUCGCUAUAUAUCAAGGAUAUAAUAAGGGUAUUUUUUCAAAAACAAUCGAGUAUUCAACUGGUACUAGGUCUACACCAUACAUGGUCGAUGUUGCUGAUUUCAAUAAUGAUGAUCGAUUAGAUAUUGCGGUUGCAAAUUAUGGUACUAAUAACAUCGGUAUUUUUCUCGGAUUCGGUGAUGGAUCAUUUUCUAAUCAAACAAUAUUUUCAAUUGGAUCAUCACGUCCUAUAUCGAUUACCAUAGCUGAUUUUAACAACGAUAAACUACUAGAUAUAGCCACCGCCAAUUAUGGAACCCAAAGUAUAAGUAUACUAUUGGGACAUGGCAAUGGAAAAUUUUCGAACCCAAUUAUACAUUCGACGGGCUAUGAUUCUUUUCCAUUUUUCUUACUAGCUGGAAAUUUUAAUCACGAUAAUUAUUUAGAUCUUGCUAUGGUACGAACAAUAUUCUUUUGUUUGUUGGACAUGGUAACGGUACUUUUGGAAGUCAAGUAA